AUGGCAGUGUCUCCAGAACGUAUCCAGCAACAGUUAGAAGAAGUAGAAGCUGCAGCAGAGGAUGUAAUAUCAGACCGACAGGAAAUUGUUACGCUUGAUCGUCGACGUAAUACUAACCGUGAAGCUCUGCGACAAUUGAAGACCAACAAAUUAGCCAGUCAGUCCACAGGCAACAAGAGUUGGAUUUGUGUUGGGAAUAUGUUUUUGAAGCUCCCAAACACAGUUGUCGUAGACUGCAUUGAAAAAGAACAAAAGCAGUUGGAUACCGAAAUCAACAAUCUUCGCAAUGGUCUGAGAAGUAAAGUGAACCACUUAAAUGACUUAGAGGCAAAGCAGCAAACAGUUGGAACGAACCUCAAGCCCUUAUCGCAAGAUGAAUGGAAAGCCGUAAAACAAGUUCUCGAUGUGAUGUAA